AUGACGUCGCCUUUGCUUGAUCCACCGCCAACCUGCAGUCAUCCAGCAGCUUCGACACGAGUUCUGACCAACCGAUCCCUCUUCCGCUAUAUAAUGGACUUUAUCGACGGCGUCCCGGGCUCGGUCGUGUCACUCGUGAUUGACUCGCAAUGGACUUCUCAGAACGUUCCAUGGGUGUCUGCCAGGGGGUCAUUACCACGCGCUGCGAUUCAGCGCGGCGAUUUGGCAACGCUUAUGCAUUUGAAGACCUUAUCGACCUCAAGGAGGUUUCAGUCGACUCGAGAGCUUGUGUUUGAUGAUCGGACGAUCCGUUGUGCUGUUGAAUUCGGACGUCUAGAGAUCUUAAAGUACUUGGCUGACACAGGCAUGUUGCAAGCGGACACUACUAGUAGAAGAAGAGAGACGUUUAUAGAUGGUUCUAAGCUCAUGGGAUGGGCUGUCAGGUACUCGGACGUGCUCAACUCUACGUCGAAAUUGGACAUUAUCCAGUGGGUGGCGGACAACUACUCGGUGUCAGCAUUGGCACAAGUAAAGACGGACGAUCUGAGUCGAGCUUGUGCGCCCGUAUUGAUGUACCUGAAAAUGAGGUGGCUGGCCACAAAGGCCUUGGAAGAUCCAAGACUUGUGGACUUGAUGGCUAACAUGGGAAAGAUGGAUGUGUUGAGAGUUUUGCUGGACAGAGAGGAUGGAGAGAUGGAAGUAGUGAGAUGCACGUCAGAUGCAAUGGACGGAGCAGCCGCGAACGGGCAUUUGGCGGUUGUGCAGUAUUUACAUGAUCAGAGGGCAGUAGGGUGCACUGUCAAGGCCAUGGAUAGCGCCGCUCGGAAUGGGUACUUGGAAGUUGUGCGAUUUUUGCACACUCGACGAACUGAAGGCUGUACAGUUGCUGCUAUGAAUGGAGCUGCUCGAAAUGGACAUCUAGAUGUUGUGCAGUUCCUACACGGUCACCGUAGUGAAGGUUGCUCGACUGCUGCGAUGGAUGGAGCUGCAGCUGGAGGAUUUCUGAGCAUUAUGCAGUUUUUACAUGAAAAUCGCAGCGAAGGCUGCACGACAAAAGCCAUGGAUGGAGCUGCCCAAAGUGGACACUUGGAGGUAGUCAGAUAUCUACACACACAACGCAAAGAUGGCUGCACAACGGAUGCAAUGGAUGGUGCUGCACUUGUUGGAAACUUGCCGAUCAUCAUAUUCUUGCAUAAUAAUCGGAAAGAAGGAUGUACGACAAAAGCAGUCGAUGGCGCGGCAUGGCGUGGUCAUCUUGAUGUUGUCAAAUUUCUUGUGAUAAACCGCGCAGAGGGCUGCACUUCGAAAGCUAUUGACAUUGCCUGCCAAAACGGUUACCUAAACAUUGUGCGGGUCCUGAAUGAACAGGGAAAUGCGUUGUGCACGACCGCGGCAAUGGACGCAGCUGCAAGUGGUGGUUAUCUCGAAAUUGUGAAAUACUUGCACGAAAAUCGCGUGGAGGGUUGUACCAAAGAUGCUAUGACGAAGGCAGCAAUCAAUGGGCAUUCCAAUAUCGUUCGUUUUCUGGGUGAAUACAGACACGAGGGUCCACAUGGGUUUGCACUCGAGCGCGUUGCUGGACGUGGUAACUACGAGUGUGUUGAUGCCCUGGUUCGCUUCUCGAUUCGUGGCUGUCUUUUUGAGGCACGCUUGGCUGCUGUUCAGGCUGGUCAUACCCGUGUAGUCGAAUCGCUGUCGACUUGGAUGAAUCCAGAAGUCCAGACGUGCUCGUCUAUACACUAUCACGUACUUCCUGGUCCCAGGUGGUGUCAAAAACAAUCGCAACCCGAACAUCAAUUCGAAGCAAAUUCAGUGAAGGGUGUGAAUGAGUCUCACAAGGAGGAGCAAAGUGCGAAUGGAUUAAAAACUUCUAGAUGGUGGCCACGGUCAUCGUAA